AUGGGGGAUGCACCCCGAGCCAACCAACCUUACUACGGCGUAGACUUCCCCAACUCUGAACCCACCGGCCAGUUCAGCAAUGGGUACAACAUUGCCGACUUCAUUGCAAAAGCUCUGGGAUUCCAGAUGAGUCCACCAGCUUACCGUUCACAUCCAACGCCUAGCCCGAGCACAAUGGAGGGUUUUACUGGAGUCAACUACGCUUUUGCUAACGCUGGGAUUACGGAAUCCACUUUGAGCCGCCUCAUCGACAUGUAUAACAAUACCUUCACAGUGCUCCAUGGAAUGGGAGCAAGGAAGUUCGGGAUCAUCAACAUUGGGCUCAUCGGGCGCUUGCCAUCCGUACAGAUGUCCCGAUGCAGCGGCGAUGCUAGUGGCCUGAACAGGCGCGCUGCCGAGUUCAACGCCGCGCUCGGGACAAUCCUGGCCAACCUCGCUACCAAGUUCCAUCGCUUCCGCUACUCACUCGCCGACUUCUACAGCUUCUCCAACACCAACUUUGCAAACCCAUCAGCCACUGGUAAAUCAACGAAGAUACUGCAUCCAUUUCAAGUUUAUAGACUGAGAUGA